CCGUGCUGCACGAGGAGCGCUUCCUGCGACACGUUGGUUGGGGAAGUGAUCAAGGGAUUGGAGGAUUUGGAGAAGAACCAGGAAUUAAAGCACAGCUAAUGAACCUUAUUCGAUCUGUGCGAACCGUUAUGAGAGUGCCAUUAAUAGCAGUGAACUCCAUUACAAUUGUGCUGCUCCUGUUGUUUGGCUGAAGAUGAUCUGUUGCUUUUGGACAUCCAAAGAGGAAAGU